AUGGCAAAUUGGUUGAGUUUGUAUUUCAUUGUAUUGACUUCUGUUCUUACAAUAAAUAGUCAGGUUCAAAUACCACAAAAUUUUAUACCAUUCGGCGGUGAUCAAGGUGAUCAAAAAUUAGCUCGUCCAAUCGAUACUAUCUCAUCACCAAUACCAAUUAAAAUUCGAUUUCCAUAUUUCAAUGAAAAAUACGAUAUUAUACAUAUCUAUAGCAGUGGUCUGAUAUUGUUUGGUAAUCGAACUUACGUUUUGCCACAUAACUCACCAGGACCAUUUCCGUUGAAAGAUUUUAUAUGUGUUGCACCGUACUCGGCUGAUACAGAUCAAACUGUCGAUCCCACGAGUGAUAUAUUUUAUCGUGAAAUAGAUGAUACUUCAACACUUCGAAUAAUUACUGAAAUGGUAAAGACUGGUUUUCCAACAUUAGUGUCACACACCAUGUUAUGGGCUUAUGUUGUCACGUGGUAUAAAGUACCACCAGGUCAUGGUUGGUCAACACCUCGAAACACAUUCCAAGCUAUUAUAACAACGAAUGGUAUUUAUUCGUUUACAAUAUUCACUUACUAUAAACUGGAAUGGUCCGCUGGAGCAUGGGGUGGUUAUCCACAAGUCGAAUUUAAUGCUGGUGAUCAAGAAAACUAUUAUACGAUUGAAAAGUCGUUUUCACCAAAUAUUCAAAGUAUAGUGGAUGACUCAAAUAUUGGUGUGCAAGGACAAUUUAUAUUUCAUACAACUGGCGAUAUCGGAAAUGUUGAGUGUAAUACAAAAGAUGGAUUAUUGAUCUCACCUUACCGUGGUUUAACUUUUGGAGGUUAUGAUUUUCGUUUAUAUGGUAUUUGUUUCAAUGAAACAUCUUACAUUGUAGAAAUUGAUAAUCAUGUUGUCGAUACCUGUGAAAUAUCACUGAUGUAUAUUGUAUGUACAAUGCCAAUGCUAUAUGAUGGACCAACAUUGCUAAUAAAACUCUACAACAGUAAUCGGACAUUGAUUGCUUCAACAGAAUUUAUUGUUGAAAUACCUCCAGAUAACAGUAUAAUAUACUUAGCGUUUCAUACAUUAGGCACAGAAAUAUGGCGAUUAACACUCAAUUUAAUAUUAGAUCGCAAAAAAUUAACAGAAAGUACUGAAGAUUGUAAAAGGUGGCAUAGUGAGCAACUUAACCCAGAGAGUUACAUUGAACAAAUCCCAACGUGUUUUUGUCGUGUACCGUCUACUGGUCGAGAUCCAUUUCCAAAUCCUUUGCCUGGUGGAACAUUUCAAAUUGAUAGUGGAUGUGAUUUUCAUAAAGAUCUAGAUAAGACAUGUGCCUAUCAUCAAGGUGCUCGUGGUUGUUACCGUGAACAACAAAAACAGAGGGGACCUGGCGCUCAGUGUUGUUAUGACUCAAACGGUCGCUGGAUAAACAAUCCUAAAAACGGUGGUGGUACAUUAGAUGUUCAAGCACCAACUGGAUCCCUGUUACAAAUACUUAAACAUCAUCGAGUCGAUGUGGCACCAUUUUAUUGGUGUUGUAGAGGAGGUCAGGCUUCUGAAUUAUGCCAACUGUACUUUGAAAAACGUCCAGCAGGUAAAUGUGAAAAUGAAAUAUUACCAAUUCUAGCAGGCGGCAAUGGAGAUUCACAUUUCUUAACGUUAGAUGGUACAAAUUAUACGUUUAGUGGUUAUGGUGAGUAUGUAUUAUUAAACAUAGAAAAUAUAUUAGAAGUACAAGUUCGGUUAGCACCUAUCGCAUCAGAUGAGCUUGAAAAUCAAGCGACAUCUAUAGUAGCGUUUGUGAUUAAAAAUAGAAAUUAUGCCAGAGUGCAAUUUGAAUUAUUUCAAUCAUUGAAACUUGUUGAAAUACGAGUAAAUAAUCGUCUGAUAGAAUCAAAUGACAUAAAUGAUGAACAUACCAUAUUUAAUUUUGGUGAAUCAUGGCGUACAACAUCAAACAUGUCGUUAUUUUACUAUAUUGUCAAUGAUAACCAUGAUAAACAUCAAAAUCUAAACUAUCGUCCAAUACUCAAAAGUGAAUUAUUUGAGAAAUAUCAAAAUUCUACUCGUUUAACAAUAGCUCAGCAAACAUGUGAAGUAUUAUCAUCAUCCCAACAAAAAGAGCAAUGUGUCUAUGAUGUAUUAAUAACCAAUGAUAAAACAAUGUUGAAAUUACAUCAGGAUUUUCAUACAAGUGUCGAUGAUUGGAAAGAAUAUGCUGACUUAGUUGAGCAAGAACUCAACACAACCACAACAACAAUAUCAGCAACAAAAGCUGGAUCUGCUCGUUUGAGUUUACAUUUCUCAUUGAUCAUAUUCAUGUUAAUCAUUAUUCAAUAA